AUGUCCAAUGCCCCAGGACGAUCGUCAACUACACGAACAACAGCAGCAGUACAAAAUAAUCCUGUUGAAGCAAUGAAACUAUUUAUGACAAAAUCGGUUGAUUUAAUCAAAACAGAAUAUUGCAAAAUUAAUGAUACAAAAGAUGCAACAACUGAAGCAGCACCGGAAGCUCAAAUGACAAGUCAUCAUAAAAAAACUCGUAAUGCCGGUUUAUAUCCACCAAGUAAAUUUUCGAGAGUUAAACUACAAGCAGAUAAUGAACUAGGUGGUGAACAAAGUGAUUACAUCAAUGCUGAUUUUGUUUAUGCAACUGGAAACAUGUAUCAUAAUAAGAAUAUUAAAGCAUCAGUCGAUUGUAUAAUAAUACAAGCUCCAAUGCCCACAUAUCUUAUCUAUGGUGAUACUCAUUCCGAUUUUUGGCGUAUGAUUUAUCAGUUUAAUGUACGAAUUAUUGUUAUGGUAAAACCAGCCAAAGAACCAGGUCAACCGCCUGUUCAGUAUUGGCCAUUGAAUGCACAGGAUGAACGAACAUACGUGUUUCAGGUACCGUAUACUGUUUAUCAUUGUCAUUAUUUAAAAUGGAGAGAUUGUGAUGUUCCAGACGAUAUUGAUUCAAUGAUUAAUUUUAUUAAUGAAGUUCAAAAAUAUCCAAAUGAUUCAAGUGUACCAAAAGUAAUUCAUUGUAAUUCUGGUGUUGGUAGAGCAGGUACCUAUGCAUUAAUGGAAUAUUGUAUAAAAAUCUAUGAUGAAGAAAAACGCCUGUGUGAUAUCGAAAAAACCCCUACAAGAAUUUUACACAACAACGUAUGA